CACACACACUCACCAAAUGAAGAGAUUCAGAUGCUUCCGUCAUUACAGUCUAUCCAAACAUUGCUAAACGAGAUCAGCUACUAUGCUCAACUAUUGACAGCCUUACUUUCGCUAGGAGGCAUCAUCUACUCGCUCAUUCGCCAUACCGACACUUAUUAUGCCUUCUCUGAGUGGUUAGAUAUCUCCUUUUGGCCGGCUUUGUAUAACCUUUAUUAUUAUUCUGGGUUGCCGCUAUUAUUGCAUAUUCUUCAAAUUGAUGUACUAUUCUCACCCGGAGGCUUCUUGGAGUUUUUUUCAUUUUUAUCUCCUGCAUUAACUGCUCAAGAUGAAGCUGCCAUGCUUCAUGCCGUCGAUACCAAACCUCCUAUAGCCGAUCUAUGCUCGUCACAACCAUUGUAUAUCAGCGGCUUGGUCAACACUGGUAAUUCAUGUUUUUUGAAUUCCGUCUUGCAGGCCCUGUCUGCUACCGAUGGAAUUCAACCAUUCCUAAACCUUAUUGCCCAUUCAUCACCUUCUACCCCCGUGGCCGCUUCGUUAUUAUAUACGCUCAGUCUAUUAUCAUCCCCCAGUAGAAGACGAUCAUGCUUCCGACCAAGACAUAUUGUGCGGGCCAUGAGUAACCAUCGUCGUGUGAUCAACAGGGAACAGCAGGACGCUCAAGAAUUAUUUCAGCUAUUGUCAAGUGCUGUCAAUGAAGAGGAAACAUCGGUUGUUCACCGCAAUCGAACCAACGGUAUAGCUGAAGUACUGGUCAAACCUCAACAGAUCAAAGAGCGAUCUCCUUCCAAUCCGCUGAUAGGACUGUCUGCCAACCGACUUUCUUGCUUACAGUGCGGUUUUACAGAGGCUAUCAGGCAUUUCACUUUUGAUAAUAUCCAGCUCAUACCCCCAUCCAAUGCUCAUUCUAUCAGUUUGCAACAGUGCCUACAACGGUACACAGCGAUGGAACAACUCAAAGAUGCAAAUUGCCGCAAUUGCUCCAUACGUGCCACACUUAAGCUGCUGCAAAAGGAAAUGGCCACACUGAGUGUUAAAGCUAAACAAGUUCAUAACAGGAUGGAACAACGCCAGUUGCUUGAUCAUCUUGUUACGCUUGAUAAACAAUGUCGACAGCUGGACGACCGAAUACGGAGCGGACGCAUAUCUGAAGAUUAUGAUGACGAUAGUCUGCGUAUUAAAUCCAUUGCAAGCUUCGCCUCCACCAAACAAGUCAUGAUCGCCAAGCCGCCCAAAAUCCUAUGUUUGCAUAUCUCUCGUUCAGCAUUUCAUGAAUUCGGCGGUUUGCAAAAAAAUAUGUGCCAGAUUGUGUUCCCCGAGAUACUCGACAUCUCCGCAUACUGUACAACAGGAGAGCUUAAUGUGCACCCUGACCAACCUAUUUCGCAGCAACCACCAGGUGCAGGACCUUACAAGUAUAGACUCAAGAGUAUCAUCGUUCAUUAUGGAAGCCACAGUUAUGGUCAUUUUGUUACGUAUCGUCGAUUACCAUGCCACUGCUCAUGCCAACGAUGUCAGCAUUUGGAUCACAUCUGGCUUCGGAUAUCCGACGAGAAGGUCGAUCGUGUAAGUUUACAGGAUGUACUACGGGCAAAUCCAUAUAUGUUGAUGUACGAAGCUUUGGAAUCCGAACAUGGUGGCGACUCCGCACAACCAAUGGUGACGUCCUCGUCAACUUCAGAAACACCUAUACUUGCAGAUGCACCAUCGUCAUUCGAUUAUUGCUAUACAAGUGAAACGCCAGAGUCUUUAGAAGCCAUCCGAAUAGCCAAUUCUCUUCUCACCAACGAUGAACCCGCCGAAGAAUCUACGGCAACGACCCUACCACGGCGACGGAAACAUCAUAAGAGAAGAAGUAGUAGUAAACAUGUAGAUAAUCUUGUUACCUCGGUUGUUACCGUACAGUGACGGACUAUGUCGCAAUUGAUCGGCUGUAAGACUCAAUUUUUUUUAUUUUUUUUUGUAAAUACAAAAUAGCGCUGCGGCUUGUUUCUCCCCGCUAUUACCACGCAUGGUACCGUUUUCCCCUUCUUUGCUUUUUUAUAAAUCGAAAGCUUGGAUGAGUACCAAAAUAUAUCUGUUGAUUUU